CAACCUCUACCACGCACAUGGCAAUGGUAGCUUCCCGCCGAGUCCAGAAUGGUUCGCCUUCGAUGCCUCCAUGGCAUAUGCCAUCCUCGGAGGCCUUUCCGAUAGCCACCUCCUGACCUUUAGAACCACCAGACCAGUCAACGUCGUCUACUUCGAUGGCACGAGCGCUGCCUUGACCGACAAUGGCUCCAUGGACACUCAAAUGCUGCUGCUGUACAACAAUUCUGCCAAUGUUCCCGAUAACCCGAUAUGGCCACGCCCGCCUCCCAGGAGACCGAACGAGACAACUCCCUACCCGCCGCCCCGCUGGGGAUAUGGUCGACCUCCUCCAGGCUUCAAUCCUCUGCAAGGAGAGUACGAUCGCGCCGAUGGACUGUGCAGGUUCAUCAGGGAGUCGAGCCUUGGUGGGCCUGGAUGGGGCUUCGAGGGCGUAGUGAGAAUGAACGCUGCCUUCGAGCUGAUUUGGUGUAAUUUUACCUCACCUUCAGCCCAGCUCGUGUCAUGGCUGAACGUGAGUGCGCCUUUCUUGGCAGGAGUGGCUCCUGGGCCCUACUGGAGGCAUAUGAACACUGCAUUUAGGGGAAGAAGCGCAUACGAAUGGUUUCUUGCUGCUGCAAGGACAUAUGGCUUUACAAGAGGCAUGCCUGGCAUGGGCGAGUCUCGAGUGAAGAUUGACAGUUGUGGACUGUUCAGCUUCUACGACGGCGCCAUGGAGGACCAGAGCAGAAUCAGGACCAAGGCGGAGCAAGCAAGACUGAACCUGACCACGAAUGGCUCGUGGAAAAUGCCAGCGCAUACCGGAGACCGAGCUGCUGCUCUCCGCAAGCUCACUCAUCGGCGACGCUACCUACGUGCAACGAACAUUAGCAUUUCGGAUGGACUUUACAUGCGCGCAGAGCUCGAAGAGCGCAUGCGAGAGACCUUGGAGGCAAAGAGUACAGCAUGCAGCGGAAUUGACUGGGUAGCCUUGACACAACGCAUCGUGACCGAUUACAGUACGGAGCUUCUGGAGCUCAGAACACUUCUAGCCGGAUCCACUCCUCGCACGAAUGCCUCUGAAAUACGCUCCUGGCUAUCUGAUAUACGGACCUUGAUACAUGCUCUCUACAUGCCAUACUACGAAUAUCCCUCUCACACGCCCUCCACAAUCGAUCAAGCCUUCUCGACUGCGCAUCCAUCUUCACUUGCAGCCCUCGAUCUCUGCAAGACACAGCACAACGUGCUCGAUCUCAACCAACCACUAUCGAAGAGCGAGAAUGUGACUUACACAUCAAUCUUGGAAACAUUAAACUCCAUCUGCUCCGUACUAUUACCAUUAUUCCUCUCCACCGAGCGUCUCUGGCUACAGCACUUCAACAACAUCACCCGCCUUCCAAACCUGACGCCCGACUUACGUUCCACAAUAUCUUCCACAACGUUGAGCAACCUUCAAGCCUUGGAAGAGUUGAUGGCUUGGCUAGGAUGGGACGAGCAAUAUACGACUUGCAACCCAGGCUGUGAGCUGGGACAAGUUUGCGCAAUUCCCAUUUGGCCUGUAAUGGGUACCGGGCAUUUUUCGGGACCCAAUGGCGAGGGCAGGAGACCAGGUAGGGAUGGAGGCCAACGAGAAGGCUAUGACGAGUAUGAUACGUGGUUGGAAGCGAAAUGUGUCGAGUAUGGAGCACGAAAUUUCGGAAUGUCCGAUAUGAUGUUGGCCGAGGAACGUUGGUGAUGACUACUACUUCUACUACUACUACUGCUACCUAAGAUCCAUACUAUGAAAUUGUCGUUAAUGUUAUAGAUUUCCAGACCAAAUAGAAGAAAUCAUGCAUGGACUGGUUCAGCGCAAUUCGAAAACCCC